AUGUCUAUUAGUGUUCAGAUCAAGUCAGGUCAGAAUAAGUGGGACGUGGCUGUGGAGCCUUCGAACACUAUUCUGGAGUUCAAAGAAAUAAUUUCGAAAGCUUCUGAUAUUCCUGCGGGAAAUCAAAGACUGAUCUAUUCAGGUAAAAUUUUGAAAGAUGCUGAAACUGUGGAGUCGUACAAGAUUCAAGAUGGCCAUUCCAUCCAUCUGGUUAAGUCCGGUGAUGCCUCCGCCAACGCUGCCAAAUCCAGUACUGCUGCUGCUGCAACUGCGAAUGCCGCAGCUGGUUCUGCGGAAAGUGCGGUUCCAACCAAUAUCACUUCUGGACAAACUAAUGGCUUCAACCCGUUAGCUGAUUUGACCAGUGCUCGUUACGCUGGUUACAAUUUACCGAUGCCAUCGGCCGAUAUGUUUGGUCCAGAUGGGGGCAUGACUAAUAUGCCAAACCAAGAUGAUAUGUUGAGCAUGCUAGAGAACCCAGUAUUCCAAUCGCAAAUGAACGAAAUGUUGUCGAACCCUCAAAUGGUGGAAUACAUGAUCAACUCGAAUCCACAACUGCAAGCUCUGGGCCCUCAAGCAAGAGAAAUGUUCCAGAGUCCCUUCUUCAGGCAGAUGCUGACUAAUCCUGAUAUGAUUAGACAAAGCAUGGAGAUGGCACGCAUGAUGGGUGGAGAAGGUGUUGGAAUAGGAGGUGGUCUCAACGGAGACUCCUCCUUUCCUGCACCUGGCGAAACUUCCACUGAGUCUGCUACUGCGGAGGAUAAUGCUGCCGCAAGAAACCCUGCUGCCACCAACCCUGCUGCCGCCAACCCUGCCAAUCCAUUUGCCGCUCUGUUCAACCCAGGCAUGAACCCAUUUGCAGGGUUGGGCAACCCUGCCGCCGCUGGAUCCACCGGCGCCCCAGGCACCCCACAAUACCCGGGCUUCAACCCAUCCAUGUUGGCCUCCAUGCUUCAACAACCACGACAACCAGCCCAAGAAGACACAAGACCUCCUGAAGUCCGCUACGAAUCCCAGUUAAGACAGUUGAACGACAUGGGCUUCUUCGAAUUCGACAGAAACAUCGCCGCUUUGAGGCGUAGCGGAGGUUCAGUACAAGGUGCAUUAGAUGCUCUAUUGAAUAAUGACGUAUAA